GUUGGAGACAGAAAUACAAUACACAAGGAGGUACGGACAGACAGAGUAUCAGUACAAGCCCACCCUGACACAAUUGGCCUUCUGAUGGAAGUAGAUUUUUUGUGGCCACAGUUAAAUAUUUACGGUAUUUAUGAUUUGGUUUAUUACAAGGAUGGUGCUCACCUGUAAUCAGCUUAUAAAAAUCAGUCCUUCUACGAUGCACUGACACCUGAAGUUGCUCCUUCGGAACGGUUCAUGUUUCUACAUCUGUGUACAGACAUUACGGCCCAAGGACCUUCACAUUUUCGACGUAAGAGUUGAUUGCGCACACCUGUUCAAUUUCAGAGACUCGUGUAUAGGUUGGUUGAUUUGAGAGCGUUCCCCAGCAAGUUGACGGAUUGAUUUACAAUGGAGACUCCCUUCCACUUGACCUCUGUUUUACUACAACUCUUGAUCAGCGGCCUUUCACUUGGAUCGUCCCCGACCACGUCAAAUCUAGCUGACGAGUUUGGCGAUUCCGUUUUAUACCAACAUGGCAGUAUCUUGUCACCCCUUCUGAAGGCGCUGACCGCACAGGGAGAUCCAUGGCGAUCCACCCCAGCAAUGAGACCCGAGUCGAGAUAUGUUCGAUACAUGAAACGACUGUACAGGAUGUCUUCGAGACAUGAGAGGAGUUCGGAAGGGAACAACCACUUGUACAACACAGUUCGACUUAUAACACCGCGGGAUGAGUGCCUGGAGCAAAGCAAAGAGUUCUUCAUGCAAGACCUCUCCUACAAUUUGGGCCGUGUCAGAGCCAAGGAGCAGCUCCUGAAAUCUGUCCUGCUGUACUCCUUCGACCAAGAGCAGGCCACGUUCAUGACUAACCAGUGUUACCAAGAUGUGAAAGAGCAGGAUACCCACAAUCAGUGUCCUCUCUGCCCAAGCACCCAUCACUCAGUUAACUUCCUGUUCCACACGGACCGCAGGAGGAAGUGGGUUGAGGUGGACAUCACAGCUUUCCUCCGCCCUCUCAUCCAGUCCCACAAGAAGGACAUUCACCUACUGCUCAACCUGACCUGUGUGGAGGGCAGAGGCAGGGAGGCUAAGGCUGGAGGAGAGGAGUGGCGCGGUAGGAGCCCCAUGGAGCUCCACCUAAGGUCUCCGUCCUUGCUGCUGUACCUCAACGACACCAGCGAGCUGGCUCACCAAAGAUGGCUGCCCACCACGUCACAAGGUCAUCCGAGGUCUGCCAAUGAGGUGGACACCUUAGAGAGCCUAGCGGAGUUCAAACCAGAGCAAAGGAUCAUCCGGAGCGAGAGGAGGCGGCUGAGGAGAGCAUCUCCAUAUCUGUCGACGAACAACGCCGCCGGAGACAAAACGAGCACGAAGACCUUCCUCCCGGACCUCCUCCCGAGUUCUGACUUCCCUACGAGCGACUGUGCCUUGUACGACUUCAGAGUGAGCUUCAGUGAGCUCAAACUGAGCCAUUGGAUCAUUUUCCCCCACAGGUACAACCCAAGGUACUGUAAAGGCACCUGUCCCAGGGCUGUGGGGUUCAUCUACGGCUCCCCCAGACACACCUUCUUCCAGAACAUGAUCUACCACAAACUGGACUCCUCUGUGCCAAGACCUUCCUGUGUUCCUUCAGAGUACAACCCCCUGAGUGUUUUAACCCUUGAAGCUGACUCCCUCGCCUACAAGGAGUUAGAUGAAAUGAUCGCUACGAGGUGCACAUGUCGCUAAAGGCCCACCUCCAGGGUCCGGCUCAAUUCCAUUUCAAUCUGAACUGAAAUUCCAAUUGUUCUAAAUACUUUUCAAUGUAAAAUAAAAAUUUGCUUGCUCCAGCUGAUCUGGAAAGUGACUGAAUCGAAAUGGAAUUGACCCCUACCUACCUCCCUGCCUGAUGACGUUUUACCAGCCUCAACACUUUGACUGUUAACCUACCUUCUGCUUUGACUGCCGUUCAACUUAUUCCAUCCUCAAGUGCUUGACUUCAAUUACUUCCUCACAUUAAUUGGCUAUUGUAACAUCCUGGUCUUGUGAUUUCAUGCCAAAACAUCCGUGUCUUUGUCAAAACAUCAGUGCGUUGAGUUCGAUUGGAUCUAGAACAGAUGUAUUUACUCACUGGCCAAAGUAUUUUUAUCUAAAUGGAAGAUAUGGCAUUAUUUUCUCUUUGUUUAUGUGAAGUGAUGGGAGGAAUGUUGUGAAGACGUCUUGUUUGUCAUCUGCUUUUGAAAUGUGUUGAAAUGCAUGGAUUGAUAUUUUACAAAUUAAUUUGAUAUAAUUUAUUAUUAAUAUGAUUUAAGUUAUUUUUGUUAAUUUAUUUUGGGUGUUUUGUCAUAAUUCUUUCACACUAACUGGUAAGUACAUCUGUUCUGGACAAAAUAUUGUUUUAAAGUAGUCCUAUAUACUCGUCUCAAACACUUUCACGGUUCAUUUUAUUCCUGAGGAUUGCAGACGGUUGUUUUAUGGACAACUUCUCUUUUCAUACGGUCCAGAAUGUAAGUUAUCUUGUCUGGCCAACUUGAUGUUUCAGUGUGUAUUUAUUACCCUGGGUCAUGAAAUGACUGCAUACCUAUAUGAAUUUGUAUUGGCAAAUUUAACUAAAAUGCAUGUCGUCUAUUUAUGCAACAAAAAUAUUGUACAGUCUUGUUUGGCUCACUGAUUAUCACAAUGUUAAAUUUGAUAACUUAAAAUAUUAGUUUGAAAAAAAAUAAAGAGUACACAAAGA